UAAAAGCGAUGUUAUUCGUCUUAGAAAUGUAUUGUAAGUUUUGUUUCACAGUGCUGUGGCUGUUACGAUGAUUUGGUUAUGCGUAUGUAGCUUGCUUCGAUAUUAAAAUGGCGGAUGUCUCAAGUAAUGACCGCAAAAUAAAGCUUACUAAAAACGGAAAAGUUGUAAAACGACGAUCUCGGAACCCAGAAGAAUGGCACAAACAAAAACAAAAACGUCUCCGUAUAGCGGGGCUCGAGUACAUAAAUGCAAAUGGCAAGAUAGUUCCUCCAAAGCAGCCCGGCCCCGACUGCAAUUGCCGCCGUAAAUGUUUCCAGAAAGUGCCUGAAGACAUCAGAUUGAGAACAUUCCACGGUUUUUAUUCCAUGAAAACACAUGACGAGCAAAAUGCUUACUUGUUCGGUCUCAUGCGGCAAGUCGAUGUUAAGCGCAAGAGAGUAAAGGCUAGCAGCAGGCGUACUUGCACAUUCGAAUAUUUUAUCCGCGUCAAGGGACGUGAGACCCAGGUCUGCCAGACGGCUUUUAAAAACAUUCAUGCCAUUACUGAACGAAAAGUUCGAGUAUUGUGCAAGAAAAUGGAUGAUGGAGUUAUGUUUCCCAGUGACAACCGUGGAAAAAACAGCCAUCGUCGCUCUGGAGAAGUACGGCUUCCAAAUACAGUGAUUGAGCAAAUUAAAAAUCACAUUUACUCCAUUGUUCACACUCAUCGUCUCAAGGACUUCAUAAGGCUGGAUAAAAUAGCUGGUUUGGAGAUCAAUAUUUCCAAGAUGUGGAAAGAUUACAUUAAGACAUAUGAUCCAGAAAACAUAACAGCCACCAUGCCCAAAUCUAAAAGAGGUUCAGAAAUUGCUUUGCAAAAUGAAAUGCCCCCACAACCUCCACAGCCGCCUAUCACUCAAGAACCAUUUGCCCCACUUACAUAUCCAGGCAGUGGCCAUCUUGUCAACUUGGCAGAAAACUACUUCCAGAACCAGUAUCAGUCGGCAGCACUGGCCUCUACUGGCACUCAAACAAACUUCUAUCAGACUCAAAAUGGAGCUCAGAGCAUGGGCAUUCUACUUCACUCCUCAGCUGCAGCACGCCCGACCCCACCAACAACUGCCUACAUUGUGCUGCAGACAAAACCAGAACCAUCAUCAUCAUCUCAAAAUCCAGCUAUUGCUUACAAUCAAAAUCCAGGUCAACAGCGGGAGGAACCAGCAAAAGAGAAAAAAGUAAAGAAAGAGAGAAGGAGAGGUCCUCUGGUAAAGCAAUGGAGAUACACUAAUAUCUUCCACUAUGAGAUUAAUGGAGCAGCUCUCGCAGCAAUUAAAACAAGACUGGGCAUGUACUAUGCUGAGAGUGAUGCUGCAAGGAAAAAGGCCAAGCAGGGCCGUCCCGGAGAAGGUCCGUCUACUGCCCAGACACCUGUUGAACAAAUACGACCAACUCACACUGUUACUAUUUACACCUAAAGUUUAUUGCUGGGUUUACUGCUAUGGGUGACAACUUGGACAUGUUUAAAGCAGGGCUAACAACACACAAAAAUUUAAAGGGAUCUAUGAUAAACAUGUCAUGCUGUAGCAUCUGUUAGAGUAACCAGGAUUAGCCUGAUAUUAUUAAGACAAUUAUGAAUAGUAAUCAAGUUGUAACUAUCUAUGAAUAUUUGCAUAAUGGUUUGCCUUAAACAUAUAGAAUUUUUACAAGGCAAAUAGUAAGUUUAAGUUGAUUUAUUCCAAGUAGUUACCAACCACUUGCCAAUAGUAAACUGCUGCUUAUUGGCAUGUUUACUGAAAGGUAUGUGUAGUAACUACUGAGAAAAUCCUAUAAGUUUGUGUUAAAUUGCAGCUAACAGAUAUUUGCUUGUAAGCUUUUUUUAUUACUAGACACACCUGCUGGCUUAGCCAAGGUGUACAAUCGCUAUCGCUUCGACAACGAAACGCUUUGUGUCUCUCUUAUCACUCUUCCAUAUUAGUGCGACAGUGACAGUUGCGUUUCGAUCGCUACGGAGCGUAAGCGAUUGGCAUGUUGGCUACGCGGCCUGUGCUAUUAAGCCGGGAACCUAAUUCUCUGUGGUUUUUAGAUUGCAUAGAUUGAGAUGCAAUUUUGUAUUUCAUAAAAUCAUGAUAUAUCUUAAGGACACCUGGAGUUGGGUCCCAGGAAUUUACUAAUUCAUCAUUAUACUGCCUUAGACUAAGUAUCGAACUACAUUAUUAUAGGAAAUAAUCUCAACACUAUUAUUAUUAAUCAUGUGCAUCUAUGCAACUUUAUCUUAUGCAUUAAAUAUAUGAUAUUAUUUAUAAA